GCGCACUUCAAGUCUAAUAUGUCCUCCUAUCAAUGAUCUGGAACAUACCAGAUCUCAAAUUGUGACAUCUGUUUCUCGGCCGGACCAUCUGGGUCAGCCAAGUGCGGAGGAGAUUGAGUCAUUACGCGUUGCAUCGUUGACAGAUGGCCGUGUGUCACCGUCAACGGGCCUGUCCAGUUUAAUCCUGGCGCCGAACUUACCGUUUGUGAUUAAACCGAACCCGCUUACUGCGGUGAAACAAAAACCACUUCUAGUAUUUCUCAAUCCAAGAUCAGGCGGCAAUCAGGGAUUUUCGCUGCUUCGGAAAUUUCAGUGGUUGCUCAAUCCCCGACAAGUUUUUGACUUAUCCCAGGGCGGUCCGCGCAUGGGGUUAGAAUUAUUUGCUCGUGUACCAAACCUUAGAGUUCUGGCUUGCGGUGGUGACGGGACGGUUGGCUGGGUGCUUUCGACAAUCGAGGAACUCGGUUUAUCUCCAAUGCCUCCUGUGGCUGUACUCCCUCUGGGUACGGGCAACGAUUUAGCUCGAACUCUUCAUUGGGGUGCGGGUUAUGCCGAUGAACCGAUUUCAAAGAUUUUGCGGAGCAUUGAACAUGGCGAUAUUGUCGCACUAGAUAGAUGGCAUGUGGACUGCGAACCCCGCUCCGAUGUGGCCGUGACAUCUACCGACAACGAUGCUGAGGAUGGGGCAAGAAACCGAGUUCUCAGCACAACACUUCCACUGAAAAUAUUCAAUAAUUACUUUUCAUUCGGAGCAGAUGCUGCGACAGCGCUAGAGUUUCAUGAGUCCAGAGAGGCUAAUCCGGAAAAGUUUAACAGCCGCCUGAAAAACAAAAUGUUCUACGCAGGGGUCGGUGGUCAUGGCGAUCGUAUUUGUCAGUGCCGUACGGUCACGCUGACUACCGAUAAAGUGAUCCCAAUGCAAAUGGACGGGGAACCCUGUCGCCUGUUACCGUCAAAAAUUGAAAUACGAUGUUCACAUCAAGCUCUGGUUGUGCAAAAGCCCGGCAGGCAUUCCGGUACUUUGAGUCGCGACACUAGUGCUUACUUCGGUGGACAACGCACAGAUCAAGUUCGCCUCAAUAUCUUUGUCAUUUCACUGAGGGACUAUGAGUAUAUUUCGGAAGAUGCCUUGGCCCUCAGAGGAGCGGCCAUCUUUUACGGAUGUGUCUCAGUCAGCCCGCAGGAAAGCCUUUCGUCAGUCCGGAAAUCGAUCGUACAGCUAAUCGGCUCUGGUGCUGCAGAGGCGUCCGCCGGAAACAAGGAAGAAUCGACUCCAGGAUUUCGGUUGUCCGACUCGUGGUUAUUCGUUGAUUCCACCACAGCCGCAUCUAGAUUUUUCCGGAUCGAUUCGAAACGGGAGGCAGCUCACUUUAUCCUUGACAUUUGCAAUAUGGAAGAACUCUUUCUUAUCGACGACGGGUUGGAGCCACGACUGAUCGAUCGGACGCCAAGCGGGAAAAUAUCGUCGGAUGUACACACCGCGGACAAACAGUACACGCAGCCAGUUGGUGAGCGCAGUGUUUUGGAAACGCCAGGAAAUUUACAAGGUGGAGAAAUAUCCCAGAUGAAAUUAGCAGACACUAGUUUACCAACCGGGGAAACCCAGCAAGUUGAAGAGAGAAAGUUAUGCACAACUACUGCUGAUGUUCACCAGGAGCCUGUUGAUUUGGAACGGUCUUCACAAGAAACCAAAGUGAAGGAAGAGAUGCUGGAGCAACAUUUGCAGAUAGCUGACACUGAGGAUCAGACAUGCGCUAACCCAUCGGAUAAAAUGAAACCUUUGCAGAACAGCACAUUAAUCGCUUGUGAUGGUCAGCCAGAAAAUUCUGUAACUGGCGAAAAUCCUGACGCGAAAUCGGGAAUCGAAGUGGAUGACCAACUGCAAACCACAGUGGAUGAAUUGAUAAACCAGCUAAUCACCACAGAAGCUGAGCCAAUAAUAACAGAACCCCUGACGAACGGAAAGGAUUCCGAAAAUCCUGGUAAUGAAAUUACUCCCUAUCAGACUGAUGAGUCCCGACGAUUAUCCAUAAAAAAACCAAAUCCAGCUCCCAGAAAUGAUAGCUUGAUCAGUUCUGUAAGUGGACAGCCUUGUGUGACUGAACUUGUCUCCACAGAUUCCACUCGAAUGGAACACAAAAUAACGCGCCGCAAACAACACCCUCGUCGUUCUGGAAAAGAAUGCAAGCCCAACCUGGAAGGGCAGUCGUUUCAGACACGUCUGGAUAAAGCUUUUUUGAGCGCAGCGCGGAAAGGCGUCUCCACGAACAUCGAGGCUGUUCUCGACGUUGGAGCGAAUCCACUGGCAGUGGACUACAGGGGGCGAUCUGCAUUGCACCUGGCUGCGAAGUUCGGCUGUGAAGCUGCAGUCAGAUUGUUAGUCAAACAAGCGCCUCCCGAGCUACUAGAAAUGAGGGAAUAUGAAAAAAAUCAAACUGCGCUCCACAAAGCGGCAGCCUAUCGGCGACGCAAAAUUUGCCGGAUUCUAGUGGAGGCUGGUGCCUGCCCGACUAGUCGCGAUGCGAAUGGAAAGCGACCCAGGAAUAUUGCAUUGGAUGCGGACGACCAAACUCUGGCACACUACCUACAUAAUUCCGAACUGUUGUUCAAAAUUGAACACGGUAAGCACGAGCUCGUCUGUGGGAAACAGGAACAAGGAAAAUAGUGAUCUGGCGACCUAGGAUUUUUCGAUGUACCAGUGAUUACCACCAGCACUACCGCACUUAGAGCUCAGGUUAUUUUCAAGAUUUCGUUUUUGGACCCAUGACUGCACCCGAGAGCCACAGGUCGACUGAGACACUGUGCACUCCUGGACGUGAUGGCUCCAGCAUGUUCUACGCACAUUCAACGCAUAUCGAUCCAACAAAAUGUGAUAGCAAGCCUUCUUUGAUUGUUACCCAUUCCUUUACACCCAUGAACAUAUCCAUACUUUGACGGAUCUGUAAGAGGGCUU